CUUAUAUGAGUCGAGUAGUCAUUGGUAUAAGUAUAUAGCCUAGAAGAAAUCUUUCUAACGAUUGGAUUGUAAAUUUAUUUACUCAAUGUAUUAACAACUUUAAACGGACACAUUUUACACGGAAUUUGAUAGAGAUAUAUUUGUAGCCACUUUCAUCUGGUAUCAUUAAAAUGGCCGAUUCCAGUGAUUUGGAUCGGCAAAUUGAACAACUGAAGAAAUGUGAAAUUAUAAAAGAAGCAGAAGUAAAAGCUUUAUGCGCAAAGGCUCGUGAAAUUCUUAUAGAAGAAAGCAAUGUACAACGAGUUGAUUCUCCGGUGACAGUAUGUGGAGAUAUUCAUGGUCAAUUUUAUGAUUUGAAAGAAUUAUUUAAAGUAGGUGGUGAUGUUCCAGAAACGAAUUAUCUUUUUAUGGGAGAUUUUGUUGACAGAGGAUUUUACAGCGUCGAAACAUUCCUUCUUCUCCUUGCAUUAAAAGUACGUUAUCCUGAUAGGAUUACAUUAAUUAGAGGGAACCACGAAUCAAGACAGAUUACUCAAGUAUAUGGAUUUUACGACGAAUGUUUACGUAAAUAUGGUAGUAUUACGGUAUGGCGAUACUGUACUGAAAUUUUUGAUUAUUUAUCAUUGUCAGCUAUUAUAGAUGGGAAAAUUUUUUGUGUUCAUGGUGGUUUGUCUCCUAGUAUUCAAACUCUUGAUCAGAUUCGCACUAUAGAUAGAAAACAAGAAGUACCUCACGAUGGCCCUAUGUGCGAUUUAUUAUGGUCUGAUCCAGAAGAUACUCAAGGUUGGGGAGUCUCACCACGUGGAGCAGGAUAUUUAUUUGGUAGUGAUGUUGUAGCUCAGUUUAAUUCUGCUAAUGAUAUUGAUAUGAUAUGUAGAGCACAUCAGUUGGUAAUGGAAGGAUAUAAAUGGCAUUUCAAUGAAACUGUUCUCACUGUAUGGUCUGCACCAAAUUAUUGUUAUAGAUGUGGUAAUGUGGCGGCUAUAUUGGAAUUAAACGAACACUUACAAAGGGAUUUUACAAUUUUUGAAGCAGCGCCACAAGAAAGUCGAGGAAUACCUAGUAAAAAACCACAAGCAGAUUACUUUUUGUGAUCGAAUAUUAUGAAAUCCCAACUUGCAUGUUAUCAUUCUGAAAUCAAUGACAUAGAAUCUUUAAGAUUUUCAUGGAUAGUUUUUGUGUGUGUUCAGGUUAUGACACCACAGAUAUUUUCAAUUUAUACGAAAUUGUCUGAUUUACUUUUAGUAAAUUUUUAUGGCUAUAUAUAAAAAAAAUAAAAAUCAAUCAAUUAUAUUUAUUAUUGAAUAUUGGAAAAAAUUAUAUGCCAAUAAGAUUACUUAGAUAUGACAACAUAUGUUUAAUAUGAAAGAAUAUUAAUAAUCACAAUAAAAUAAUUGUGCUCUACUUUGUUAAGAUUGUGUUCACAAAGUAUUUAAUAACUUUGUUUUGAAUAUUGGAGGAAAAAUACGUUGAAGUGACUUCAUUUUUUUUCGGAGGAAAGACGAGACAUUAAAAAUACUACAAAAAUAUUAUUUCUAUAUUGGUAUAAAGAUUGUAUUUCUUAACCCUUUGCGGACGGGACGAUUCAACGUUAAGCGUUCCGCUGGGCAGAGCCACUUUCACGAUAGUCAUUUGAAAUUGCCAGCUCAAAUUUCUGCCUUCACGUUAUAUUGACGUGCUUACGUAAAACACAUACAUUAGAUUUUCGGCUCUGUCAGUUGUUUUCGCUAAACGCACAUAUGAGUUCUUCGAUCAAAUUGAUGGUUUACGCAGAACACAUAUAUGCGGAGGUAGUCCGCAAAAGGUUAAUUAGUUUUUUUAUAUCUUUCCAAUAAAUAUAAAAAUGCACUCUUUUAUGUAUAUCAUUUGUUGAUACGUAAUUAUUUUUGAAUGUAAAUGAAAAGAAAGUAAAAUACAAGUUAAA